AUGGCGAGUGGAAGUUCCAGCGAGGCCGAAAUAGUGUAUGUAGAGCAGUGUAAGGGCACUAAUGGCCUCGACAAGAUCGUUCUCAGAGAGAAAAGUGGACAUUCGGCUGAGGUGUAUCUGUUUGGAGGACAAGUUACUUCUUGGACGACUAAUCGUGGGGAAGAACUGAUCUUUGUAAGCAAGAAGGCUGACUUCAAGCCUCCAAAUCCUAUACGUGGUGGUAUUCAAAUGUGUUUUCCUGAGUUCACAUUUCAAAACCGUGAAAAGUAUGGAUUUGCAAGGAACAAGUUGUGGACCCUGGACCCUACUCCAGAACUUCCAUCAGAUGACACUCAUAAGGCUUUCACUGAUUUGAUUCUUAAGUAUUCUGAACAAGACCGAUGGGAUUUACCCCACAAAUAUGAGUAUCGUCUUAGGGUAAUUCUGGGACCUGAUGGAAAUUUGACAUUGAUAUCUCGCAUUCGAAAUAUCAAUCUAAAUGGGAAACCAUUCACCUUCUCAUUUGCUUACAAUGCACAUUUUUGUGUAUCUGAUGUCUGGGACGUACGCGUAGAAGGGUUUGAAACAUAUGAUUAUCUGGACAAUUUAAAGAACAGAGAGCGAUUUACUGAACAAGGGAAUGCAUUAACCUUUGAGGAAGAGGUUGAUAGGGUAUACCUUGAUAUUCCACAAAAAAUUGCUAUCAUAGACCAUGAAAAGAAGAGAACAUACGUAUUGCGCCAGGAAGGGCUUACUGAUGCUGGGGUAUGGAAUCCAUGGGACAAGAAAGCUAAGGCCUUAGCAGAUUUUGGGAAUGAAGAGUAUCUAAAAAUGGUGUGUGUUCGGCCUGCUCGUAUAAUGGAGAAAGGAAAAAGAGGAGUUACCAUCAAGCCUGGUGAAGAAUGGAGAGGGAAGCUGGAAAUAUCUUUAGUAAAUUCUAGUUAUCACAGUGGUCAACUUGAUCCACUAGAAGCAAUCAAGUCUAGUGGAGCUAGUUCUUCUUCUGCUUCUAAGCCUGGCGGGGCGGGUACUAGUUCUUCUUCACCUUCUAAGGCUGGUCCGAGCAGGGCGCUUUCUAUUUCUUCUUCACCUUCUAAGGCUGGUCCGAGCAGGGCGCUUUCUAUUUCUUCUUCACCUUCUAAGGCUGGUCCGAGCAGGGCGCUUUCUAUUUCUUCUUCACCUUCUAAGGCUGGCACAAGCAGGGCGCUUUCUAUUUCUUCUUCACCUUCUAAGGCUGGCACAAGCAGGGCGCUUUCUAUUUCUUCUUCACCUUCUAAGGGUGGCACAAGCAGGGCGAUCUCUAGCUCUUCUUCACCUUCUAAGGGUGGCACAAGCAGGGCGAUUUCUAGUUCUCCUUCACCUUCUAAGGCUGGUACAAGCAGCACGAUUUCUAGUUCCUCUUCACCUUCUAAGGGUGGCACAAGUGGGGCUAAAUCUUCUGAUGCUUUUAAGGCUGGUAGGGCGAGUUCUAGUUCUCCUUCACCUUCUAAGGCUGGUACAAGCAGCACGAUUCCUAGUUCCUCUUCACCUUCUAAGGGUGGCACAAGUGGGGCUAAAACUUCUGAUGCUUCUAAGGCAGGUGGGGCGAGUUCUAGUUCUUCUUCACCUUCUAAGCUUGGUACAAGCAGGGCGAGUUCUAGUUCUUCGCCUGCUUCUAAGGCUGGUACAACUGGGGGACGUUCCAGUUCUUCUUAA